GUCGAUCAGAGUGGCGGUCCGCGUUUUGGCGAACGGAGGCCCCGACCUCUCUCUCUGUUGUUGUUGUCUUCUGUCGCGGAUAUUUCCCAGAUGCACGAGCCUCUCACGCGCGACCAAGUCCGGACGGGAUCCGUCCAUUCGCGCUGCAUCUUUUAAAACGACCCGCUCUUAAGAAAACAUGCGAUCUUGCUCUCGAGCGGAUCGAGAUCUCUCCUCGAGCGCGCUCGCAUGAUCCUCCGAGCGAAUUUAUCGAUCCGAGAAUUUGUUGUGCGGAGAGAAGGAAACAGGGAGAGAUCAUAGAUCGCGAUCCGGAAACAGUCUUCCCAUAUUUUCCAUCGGACCGAAGUCGAGUCUCUUUUCCUUCCCGCGUUAGAUGCGCGCGCGAUAAACCCGACAAACGAAAAGGAAGAGAAGUCGUGGGAGAAAAGAAAGGCCAGACAGAGGAAAGAGAUAGAGAUUGUUGAUACGGUGCCUUUCUCGUGGUGCAUCGCGCAUUCGUUUCCGAGACUCCCGAGCUUCUUCCAGUGCGUGUGCAUGUGUGUGUGCGCGAAGGGAAGGCCCUCGUACCCGAAGAGGGAAGCUCCACGGGAGGACCACGCUCGUGAGCCGGAUUCAACGAGGGAUCACGUAUAAUGUGACGGUCGAGUCCCGUUGUCGCGUCGCCAGCGGCGACCCGCUAGUUGUUGUUGUAGUUCGUUGCGUUGUUUGUUGUUGAUUGUUUGGAGCACAAGCACGAUUUUCCGGUGCGUGCGCUCAAACUCGCGCACUUCCAGGGCGCGAGACCAGUCGGUUCGAUACACGAGUCAACGUACGUGACGCGCGCGCGUGUGUGUGUGUCACAUUUUUUUACACGCGUUAUUAAAUAACGGGACUCGCGUUAAUCUAGGACGUUAAAGAGCGCCGUAAUUGCGUGAUCAUUUUAACGACCGUCCUUCGAUGAAACAUAACGAGCGAGCCAGCCACUUGGAAAUUGGGUUAAAAUAGAAUAACUCAACUUGCCUCUCUUUCUCUCUCCAUCGAACCGAACUUCCGCCUUGCAGCGCGCCUGCUGAUGUUUCUUUCGCAAAGACCCUGAUCUCGUUGAAAGUAAACAGUUGUACCAAACUGAAAGAAUAAGAAAGGAAUAAUACAAAUAAAGAAGGGCGAGACGAGGAAACAAGAGGAACUAAUGUAAGUGUAUCCGAUCGAUAGACAUAUAAAACAGAACGUUUAUGUAAGAGAUCGGAAGCGGAAGUCUUCUCGAGCCGAACCGGUAAAAGCUACCGAUACCGCGUGUCAGAUCGAUAGCGGUCGAACGAGAGGUGAAUUACCUGCGUCAACGAGGAACAUCGAAUCGAUCCAUCGAAGCGACUGGGUUCGCGUAUUCGCGCCUCCCAUCAUUGUAAAUCGCCAAGUAUCUUCUUCAUCUCGCGAGACGAAGAAAAAAAGCCACGCUUUAAAAGAGAGCGAGAGAUCGAAGUAACUGGAUCGCCGGAUCAUGAAACGUCAUGUAUCGAUGAGCUGCCAGCGGAUCGGCAAGGGGCACUUUGCCAUCGGGGGAUAAGAAGACGCGAACAAGGGUGCCAGAUCUCUUUUGCGAACGAUUAAGUCGGAUCAAACGGGUUCGCGGAACCCAUCGCGAAUACCACGAAUCUUCGUCUUCUUGAGCACCCGAUAGAAAAUGGAGAUCGCGGCGUCGGCUAUGUUGGAUGGCCUGAAGAACAAUCGUAUCGGGAAGUUGGCGCUGUCGCGCUUCUUGUCGCAGAGUCUAGCGCAAUUAGAGACGACCGGCAGCCCCGCUAGCAAAUCCCCGGCAGGUGGUAGCGGUGGACCCGCGAGCGGCGGCGGAGCUGCGGGUGGGACGGCGGCGCCAGGUAGCGGCGCCAGCAACGUUGGAAGCGGGGAACCCCGUACACCUACCGCCGGGCCGCAGAACAAGCAGCUGCAAAAUGUUAAGGGAGAACACCCCUCGAAAGCGUUUCUACAAAGCAGGUCUAUUUCCCUGGUCGAUAUGUAUAUCGAUAAUUCGGAGCCGAGCGAGAACGUCGGUCAGAUCCACUUCAGUCUCGAGUAUGACUUUCAGAACAGCACGCUUAUUCUGCGCAUCAUACAGGGUAAAGAUCUGCCGGCGAAGGACUUGUCAGGUACUUCCGAUCCGUACGUCCGCGUGACGUUGCUUCCGGACAAGAAACACCGACUCGAGACAAAAAUCAAAAGACGCACGUUGAACCCGAGAUGGAACGAGACCUUUUAUUUCGAAGGUUUCCCCAUACAGAAGCUGCAGAGCAGGGUAUUACAUCUGCAUGUCUUCGACUACGAUCGAUUCUCGAGGGACGACUCCAUAGGGGAAAUGUUUCUGCCGCUUUGCCAGGUCGAUUUAUCGGAGAAACCAUCGUUUUGGAAGGCUCUCAAACCGCCGGCUAAGGAUAAAUGCGGAGAACUUCUAUGCUCGCUGUGCUAUCAUCCGAGUAAUUCCAUAUUGACGUUGACUCUUUUGAAGGCAAGGAAUCUUAAAGCUAAGGACAUCAACGGAAAAUCAGAUCCGUAUGUCAAGGUGUGGCUACAGUUUGGCGACAAGAGGAUCGAGAAACGCAAGACCCCGAUCUUCAAAUGCACAUUGAAUCCAGUAUUCAACGAGGUAUUCUCCUUCAAUGUACCAUGGGAGAAGAUUAGAGAAUGCUCUUUGGAUGUGAUGGUGAUGGAUUUCGACAACAUUGGACGAAAUGAACUGAUCGGACGAAUUCAGCUCGCAGGGAAAAACGGAAGUGGCGCAAGUGAAACGAAGCAUUGGCAGGAUAUGAUCACAAAACCGAGGCAGACCAUCGUGCAAUGGCAUCGCUUGAAGCCCGAGUAAGGGGAACGAAGAUUACCUUGAUCGACGAUAAAUGAUAUUCUAGUCGAGCGAGUCCCUUCCCCCGUCGUACCCUUCCCCUGUGCACCGUACUCGUCAAAGUUACGUUAACGAGGCGACCUUUUCCUUUGCUCGAUAAUCCCCGCAACAGAUAUCUUCUCCCUCUCCCUUCUAUACCAUUCGAUGAGACUGUACUGGACGUAUCCCCCGCAUCGUGUAAGGCACUUAACGACGCUGGUCGUCGGGCAGCCGUGCCGAUCGAGUCGCGUUCAUCGCGAUUAACGGAAGGCAUUUUCGCGUUAUCAUUCGUUGUUGCGAGUCAUCGAGUUGACGAGUGAUAAGGGUGAAAAUUGUUCUUAUCGCUGAUAAAAUGAUGAACCUUGAAGCGUUUCGGUUCGAGGAAUGUUCUAAACGCAUCGUUCGAUACCGUCGAGAUAAGCCACGCUUUCUCGAAUUUCUUGAAGAAAAUUUUUAGUCGAUGACGUCGAUAGCGGCGCAUCAAGGAAUGGAAGAGAGUAACAUAGCUACGGACGAAACUCAGUCUUCCGUCGUAGCAAAAUCAGGAAGCUUUUUACGUCAGGCGCUGCUCUCUUUAUUUUCAUCAUCUCUUCUCCUUCUUCCUUCCCCUUCCCUCCUCACCUUCCGUAUUCACCUCGUUGCCGCCCGGUGCGGUUCAAUGACUACGAAGAAUUAUGCUGUGAAUACCUAAUCUCAGUUAUUCGCUCGAGAACGAGCUCCAAUACGGACGAGCGGAUGUUUAAAUCUUUUAGAAGUUGUUUAAGCGUCUUUCACAGACGUUUCUUUACGGGCUUUUGUAUUAUAUGUUUGCGUCUGCGCGCUUUUGCGGCAAGAUUAUAUCAGAGAAUCGUGCAGACUCUAAAAUUAAAGGGGCAAGUAAAAGAGAUACGUCGAUAUUUUACGAAAAGGAAGCGUUAGUUUUGUGAGUGAACUAUAGUGUUAUACUAGCACACGUGAUAUCAACUUAGCGAUGCGAAUUUUUUGAGAUUCGUUCGCGAAUGAAGAAUUUGUACGUACAAUAUUAAAUUUUAAAUCACUGUGAUCAUUAAUUCAAGAUUAAAGGCGAUAAAAUCGUGCAACGAUACGUAUUGCCUUCUUUUACUUGCUCCUUCAAGCAUCUAGUUAAAGAACAUUAUUUCGCGCCAAGAAAGCGGAACUUGAAAAAUAGCAACAUUUUGAUGAGCUUUCCGAAACGACGUGUACCAUUUCAGCAUGAUAGACAUGUUAUAAAUCUGCAUUCGUAAUAUUUAUAUUUACGAUAAACGUUAUUAUACGCAUUUUUAGAAUUACAUGACCAGGAUAGACCGAUACGUGGGCGAGAAACAUGCGCGCGCAUUCGCAUCACCGUUAUAUUUGUAAAAUUCAUCCUUUUCAGGAUGUCAUCGAUUAAAAAUCUUAGCGAAGGUAAGCGAGAAUUGUUAUGCUAAAUAUACAUGCGUACACAUUUAUGUUUUCUUUAAAUCUACUUUUAUAUGUAUUUACUUUUUAUUUUGAAAA